UGCUGUAUUUAAUUACCAUCUGUUAAAAAGACCUGUACAUAUGUUCUACCCUUGAAGCCUUGCUGGAAGGUGAAUGUCUGUGUUAAGUUUGUGUUAGAAGACAGCUGAAGAAUUCCCUGUCUAUGAACAGUCUCUAUAGGAUGGCUGGAUCUUGUUGUAUGCGAGCUACACAGUGAAGGACUUCAUUAUACUGUAUUUCUCGGAAUUUAUCAUAAAAGUUUGACAAAGAAAACCAUGAAAUAAACUUUGUGUAUUGUGGAUGUACUCGGACAUAUAAUGGACAGAAACCGACUGUAAACAUUAACACGAUCUGAAGACUGGAUGCUGACUUUGUGUUAGGAUUUACAUAGCUGGGCCAUAGCCGGCCACCUCGGUGGGUUAAUUGGAGACACUUUCUGAGAUUGUCAGCCUUUACUUUGGAGUAUUGAUCGACUCCUUGGGGCGGUAAGGAUGGCCUGGUGGUCAAUACUGUGACUAGUAGUGACCGAUACUGUGACUAUUAGUGACCAAGUAAUGGUGAUGGUUCACCACAUUACUCAGAAAACAUCUAACUUACACUGAAGCUUUCUGAAGGAAAAGAGAUGAAAACUUCAUACUGCAAUUUUCUAUAAGAAGACAGAGACAAAAUCUUCACACAGCAGUUUCCAAUAGGAAGCUAUAGACAAAAACUUUACAAUGCCGUUUUUUUAUAGGAAAUAUAACAACGAAAACUUAAAACUGAGGCUGUCUGUUGGAAACUUAUGCUACAUAUUUCUACCAGAAGGUAGAGCAAACUUGCUAGUCCAGUAUUUAUUGUGAUAGGUCACAGUUGUCUCGUCAUUUGGAAAACAAAUGUCACAUAAAACCAUGGCAAUCCAACACAACAUGACCCAGUGUGGGAAUUUCUUCAUCAUGGACUCGGAACAACUGGUGGUGAAUCCGUUCGAAGAUCUUCAGAAGGAGGCCCUGGAUGUUACAAAGAAAGUGUCAGUAACGGAGAAAUUAGUCAGUGUGAAAAAUAAUAUCUGUGACAACCAUUUCAACAUAAAACAUGGACUACUCAAGCGUGAGGUAAAUCAAAAGAUGAAGAAAAUUCAUGAUAGCUCCAGUGCCCUUCGGUAUGAAGUGAAAGUGUUCGACAUUAAUAAAAGGAAAAUUGAUCUGGAGACAAAACAAAGAAUUCAACCAGAAAAAGAUUUUACUUAUGAUUCUACACAAAUAAACAAUUCUGAAAAGCGCCUUGGCAUUAUGCAAGAUUGCUACUAUCUGGACAAACAACAGAAGUUUCCGUUACGGGGUCGUACCCUGAAUGACUUGGAUUCUGCACCAUUAGUGUCAAAAGCUCGUAACAAGCUACGGGAACAAGAACAGUUACAGCGCGCCGAGGAGCGGUCACGGAUAGCAGCGUCAACUCCAGGGGCUCUGUCUGUCAAUUCUCAAAGUACUCAUGUGCCAAUCUGGAGACGGCGAAGCUCUAAAUCCGCUCCCCCGUCAUCUUACCCGGCAGCACCUUCUUCCAUAGCAUCAGGAAAAAAAAGUAAAUGUUAUAAAGAAAGGGAUCAGACUGAUUCUAAAUUGCCAUCUAUAGAAAGGCCAAAGAAAAGUGCCUCUCAUGUGAAAUUUUCUCUACGUGAUGACUUUGAUAAGAAAAGUUCAACCGAUCGCUUAACAAGAUCACAGACCUAUGCGUCAACUCGCUCUAUAACAACGCAUCGCACAACUGCCUGGGAGGAUAGUGAUGAUGACAUGGAUGACUCUGAUCCUAUGGAAAGAAUUGAUCUGCGAGCUCUUCUGUUUGGUGAUAAAUGCUCUGAAACAUCAGGUACAUCACGGCCCCAGACUCGAGAGAGUAUAAGGUCAGUGCGCAGCGCAAGACGGGGUCAAACCCAGCCAAUGACACAAGAGAUGAUGAUCGAGGAGCAAAAGAAACUUGACAAAAAACUGGUGCAAUUCUAUAAAUUGUGUGAUAAGAAAGUUGAAGAUGAUAGUGAAGAAGAAGAGGAAAUUAUUGAAGUGAAGCCUCCCCCACCUAAACCUAGUAAGUUUCCAGUUGUCACCCACCAGUCCAAAGCCUCCACUAUUCUUAGUGUAUUCUCUAAGCCUCUUGACACUUCUAAGAAAUGGAAAACAGAGGAGGAGCUUAAACAGGAGGAGCGACAACAAGCUGCAGAAGAAGCUCGGAAUAAUCAAAUCUCUAGGUCGAGUGAUAGGUCAGCCAUACCAGAAAAGGUCAAACCUGUCAAUAAGGAAGGCAAAGAGAAGAAAAAUUUAUGGGAAUUAAUUAAAACUUCUAUGGAUGAGGGAAAAAUCAAACGUGCUGUGACACCUACUCAACUUAUUCUUUCACAGAUGACAAAACUGGAUUUAUCAAACAGACGGCAAUCACAUGUGCCAUUGAACUCAGCUAGUCGAGCAAUGCGGCACACACCAACAUUCAAAAUGAGGCGAAUUGUGGAAGGAUUAAUGAAGAAUCGUACAAAAUUUGAACAACAGGAAGUGGAAAACUUGAAGAAGCAGCUUGAAGGUGGAGGAGGUGGAGGAUCUGAAGGAGAAGGACAGAUGGUAGGGGCAACCGCAUGAUAGGGUCACGAACCAUGUAGGGGCAACCGCAUGAUAGGGUCACGAACCAUGUAGGGGGAACUACAUAAUAGGGUCAAACGCCCACUGUGACCAUGACAAAGUAUCUGUAAUGCAAAUCUUGUUAUGAAUCCUUGUCACAGUAAUGGAGUCACUAAAAAGGACUUUUCAGGAAGUGUGUGACUUCUGCUUGUGAUACAUGUGACCAUAUCACAGAAACUGUAAGUUAUAUUGAAGUUAUUUCCUGCAACUGUGUCAAAAAGUGAAUACCUUUCUAUGGAUACAGCCACCUUAUAGUCGGACUAACGAACAGGAUUGUGAAUUACAUCAUCAUUCAGUUUCAGCUUCCAUCACAGGUUUAUGAUGUUCUGUUUUGAUUGAGUGUAUGGUUUGAGGUUAAUAAAUACAGAAAUAAAUAAAAAUCCUACUUAUUCUUCAGGUUCAGAAUAAUAUCAAAUAAAUCCCAUUCAUGGUUCGAUCAGCUAAAGCAAAGUCACAUUGAUUGAUCACACUGGUGCAAUUUUGAAGCUAAUAAUGUCAACCAACAGGCACUGUAACUUACAUGAACUACAGAAACGAGGCUACAGAAUGUAAUUUUCUGAUAAUGUGACAUUCCAGUUAUGAUCAUGUGACAUUCCAGUUCUGAUAAUGUGACAUUCAAGUUCUGAUAAUGUGACAUUCAAGUUCUGAUAAGGUGACACGUCAGUUCUGAUAAUGUGACAUUUCAUUUUUGAUGUGACAUUUCAUUUUUGAUAAUGUGACAUUUUAUUUCUGAUAAUGACAUUUCAUUUCUGAUAAUGUGACAUUUCACUACUGAUAAUGUGACAUUCCAGUUCUAAUAAUGUGACAUUUCAUUUCUGAUAAUGUGACAUUUCAUUUCUGAUAAUGUGACAUUUUAUUUCUGAUAAUGACAUUUCAUUUCUGAUAAUGUGACAUUUCACUACUGAUAAUGUGACUUUUUAUUUCUGAUAAUGUAACAGAUAAUUCCUGUUAAUGUAACAGUCCCCUUUAUGUCACACCUGACACAUGUUAGACGUGGAAUGCACUACAGUAUCUAUCAACAAUAAUGAUAUCAGCAUGCCAUGACUGACAGUGUAGUGUGUGACGUCUCAAAAACGGUAACUCAAUAGUGUAUAUAUAAUCAUGUUUCACAACUUACUCCAAUGUGCCAAAUCUGUUUAUGUCUAUAUGCAUACCCUCCUGUGGGGCCAACCACAGCAUUGGGUAUGUGUGUGACAAGUUAGGUAUAGAUUUUUCCUGGUGUCAAUUCCCAGAAAAAAACAACCCAACUAAUGUUCAUGUGUGUACCCUCUCGUAGAGCUGACUAAUUAAGUAGCAUUUAAUUACAUGAUUAAUCAGCAUCUGGCUGGAUUUCAAAAUAAAUCGAUACAACCACCCAUAAUGAUAUACAUAAUAUAUAGGGAUCUAAUCCAUACUUAGAGACACCUCUCAGGGUCCCUUUUGUUCUGAAGUCAUAAUUCAAUUUAUAUCAAUUAAAAUCAAUUUUAUACUUCCACAGUUUGAUUGACAUCAGUUUUACUUCUUUAAUAUCAGACUUAAAAUAAGUCUACACAUAUUGGUAAUGUGAUAAAUCCAAAGAGGGGAGGGCUAAAGUCAGUACAGUGGAGGGAGAGGGGAAGGGCUAAAGUCAGUACAGUGGAGGGAGAGGGGAGGGCUAAAGUCA